UCUCUAGUCAAAAAUAGCUGUGCUCCACUGCUCAUGUCUGUGCGUUAUUACGCACUGGGGAAGUAUAUUACAAACACGUUAGCUUCGAGAGAAGGCAAUUCAUUUAUUUUUUAAAACCUGAAAAGAAAGUCGAAACACAAUGCAGCGUGAUGUGUGCUUAAAUAUACCGCCUAAUCAUGUCAAGAUGCUGGAUAUUCAGCCUCAUGGGCCCAAGCAGGCAGAGGCCUUUGUGAAUUCCUUUCUGAAGCACACGAUGCCACGGCUAGAAGACAAGGACAUCCAGAAGCAUUUGAGCCGGAAGGCUGUGAUUCUGGAGCAUGCUUUCAAGAAGAAAAAGAAAAACAAGAAGAGGAAAACCAAGAGCCUGAGUGCCAAAGAGAGAAGACAAAUGAAAAUAUUUGAUCUUAAACCACAACAACAGAAAUACGAGCUGUUCUUACCCUUGCAUGAGUUAUGGAAGCAGUACAUACGUGACCUCUGUAAUGGACUAGGACCACAAGUUCAGCCCAUGAUGAUCCAAACAAAGUUACUAAAGGCAGAUUUCCAUGGUGCUGUUGUAACAGUGGUAAAGUCCAAAUGUCCUUCCUAUGUGGGCACUACAGGCAUCAUUCUGCAAGAACUGAAGCAUAUGUUCAAAAUUAUUACUAAAGAUGACAAAUUAAAAGUCAUUCCAAAGUGCAACAGCGUGUUCAGUGUGGAAAUUGAUGGAUUUGUUUCCCAUAUCUAUGGCAGCAAGUUCCAGCUAAGAUCAAGCGAGCGUUCAGCUAAGAAAUUUAAAGUUAAAGGAACCAUAGACCUUUAAUCAGGUGCCAGUGAAACUGAAGCAGACUUUCCACAUAUGUCACCAGUUCCCCCGCAGAGAGUAAUGGAAAGAGAUUUGCAUCUGCCAGAUGUGGUAUAAAAGGAACUUGGCUACCUGAAAAAAGAUAUUGAUUGGCAUCUUUUUCCAAGCCGUUCAUUUCACUUUGUACUUUUAAUUUCCACUAUUAAAUGCUAAUCAGAUUACAUCCA